UCGUGGUAAGCGGCUGUCAGAUAUUUUGUUCCUUGAUUCGUGGUCGGAAGACAUGGGUUUGCGUUUCACCCAUGCCACCUGUAAAGCAGCGGUAUAGUGGGCAGGGAUGAAAAUAGGUAUACCUGGAAGAAGAUUUUAACAUCAGUUUCUCUUCAAAUCAUCUUCUUUCACACCACCUGAUAAGCAUCUUGAUUCACCAUGGCGUUAGCAGCAGUAAAGUGGGCGAUAUCGAACAGAACUAUUUGGAAACAUUUAUUUCCUAUUCAAAACGGAGCUUUCUAUUGUGUUUGUCAUAAAUCUACAUAUUCUUCUCUACCAGAUGACUAUAAUUGCAAAGUAGAGCUUGCUUUGACAUCUGAUGGCAGGACGAUAGUAUGCUACCACCCUUCUGUGGACAUUCCAUAUGAACAUACAAAACCUAUCCCUCGGCCAGAUCCUGUGCACAAUAAUGAAGAAACACAUGACCAAGUACUGAAAACCAGAUUAGAAGAAAAAAAUGAGCACUUUGAGCAAGGACCCGUGAUAGAACAACUUAGCAAAAUGUUCUUCACUACUAAGCACCGUUGGUAUCCUCGUGGACAGUAUCAUAGACGUCGUAGGAAACUGGAUCCUCCAAAAGACAGAUGAUACUGAGGUUUUCAGGAAUCAAAAUAUGUUAUCUUGUGUCUCAUUUGCUAUUUGAAAAUGCAAUGGAGUAUAUUCACUAAUACGUUAUAUAGCAAAAUAAUAAAGUGUCUUCAUAUAUUA